GUAAGCAGUCAAAAGUUGAAUGUUCUGUCAAAGUCCAGCAACGAGGUUUCCGGACCUGAGUUUUUCCGUUUUUCUUACGUGCCACUUCGGGUCAAAGUUUCCGUGGUUACCGUGUGCGGUUUCGAAUUCGCAUCAUGAAGAGAUCUUCAGCGCCGGCUGCAUCACAACCGUUUCUGUUCAAUCAAACAUUCCCGACUGAUAUUCAGUUCAGUUGCGCCAUGAAUUCCUCAACCUUCCGAAUGAAUAAUUCGCCUCAACAGCAUCAGCAUCUUGCCCCAUCAGCAAUAAUUCCUCCGUUCGAGGGCCCAUUCCAGGUGAUCGAACCGGGAAGCGAACUGUACAUCGAGAUGGGUCCCGAUUUUGACUACUGCGUGGACCCAUUCGGUGGGAUUGGCAUUAUGGAACAGCAGGAACUGUUCAUUUCGGGGAACGGAAUUCCGCAGGACGUGCUGGAUGAUGUGUUUCGACUGGACGAUGAGGCUGAAGCGGCUGGAGGUGCCAUCCCCAAACAGUAUCCCGUUGCAGACGGGCUUUCGAUGAAGCAGUACGAGAAUCAGCUGGUAGCUGAAAUGGAGGAGCUGUUCCCGGAAGUGAAGUCGACUGUGCAAAGAAGUCGUCUGAUGGAGGAACUGGUCAAGAAGAGUCCUCCGGAGAAUCCCUGCUACAUGAAAGUUCAUUUGAAAGGCGAAGGUGCGACAAAGAAGGGACGAAAGAUGCCCACAGCACCGCGCGACGCGCGCAGAGGCUUCCGCUGCGUUGAAAUGGUCGAUGACAGUGGAACCGCUUUCAAAGCCAAGUUCUACGAUCACAUGCCUAAGCAGCAAUUUACACCCAUUCCUCCGCACGACAUUUCCAUCCAACACCGACGAGUAGCCGAACUGCUUCAAUCGCCCACGCUGAAGAACGUAAGCCCGGAGAUGGCAAGCAAAAUCGAAAUUCUGGCCAGCGGUAAACGGGACGUAACCCUCGCCAAGGUUCGCCCUUCCGAUACCAAGAGCUCAACAACCACCAUUGUCAUAAAGACCCCGAAGCGAACAAUUGCUUCCAGCGGCACCACGGUUGAUCCACCGGCAGACUUCCCCUUGCCCAUGGCGAUGAUCAAGCAGGAGCCAUCCUUUGAUGCCACUCCGAUCGAAGUCCCGAUCAUUAUGCCAACGCCGGUCAACAACAAACAACCCCGCAAGCAGAAAUUGCACUCGCUAUCGCAGUGCGAUGUGGUGUUCAAUGAAGUCACCAAUGCAGCGACCACUGUGGCUGGACCCAGUGACAGUCGUGGUCCACCAGCGCGCAAACCUGUGCCCCGUAGCCGUGGGCUGCCGCCGAAUGACUUCGUCACCGUCACAAUUACGGAUGCUACCAGCAGUGCUAAGAAGGAGCAAUUCCAGCCGGCUCGUCCAUCGACUCCACGCGCAUCUACCACCAAUUGGACAGCAAUCUCAAUUCCAUCCCCCAACCAAGCACCACUCCCACCGAGCCAAGCCUACCCCUUCAGGAAGCGCUCGCUAGUUACUCAUUACCGUAUUCAAAUGACACCCAACCACAACCGGGUGUCCGGCCAAUCGGUAGAAUCGAUCGAAAUCCUGGACACCACCGACGAAGAAACCGAAACCAGCGGACCGUCAACGGUCAUCGCUGCUCCCGAGCCGGCAGCGAAAGAAGUACCGAAGCUCCCGGGAAACACCGAAUCGAUCCAGUGCCCCUUCUGCUGCAAGGUCUUCUUUUCGUCACACGCGCUCAUGCUUCACGGCCAGAACUGUGCCGACGCUGUCCUGUUUGGGAACCCAGCGACCAACGAGCAACAGUCGUCCAGCAAAACGGCAACCAAGAGCGUGCUCAAAUCUUCCACGGAAAAAUCCAAACCGACGGAUCCAAAUCGACCGAAGCAGGAACCUGAUCAGCAACCGACAUCGGGCUCAACAAAGAAUGUCACGCAGCGCCGUACUAUUCGCCGGUUGAGUAUCGAAAUACUGCCUACGGCAUUCAGUAUCGACAAUUUGCUGCUGUGCGAUGUCUGCAAGAAGACAUUCCGCAGCCAGGUCCACCUGGCUGUGCACCAGAAUAUUCACAAAACACCGACCGUGUGCCAAUUCUGCAAGAAGAAGUUCUACGAGCCACCGCCGAAGCACAAUUGCCAGGAGAUGAAACGAUCGAAGCAGCGGAAGUGAAAGAGGUUGGGCUUUCUUUGGAAUCGUGAUUGCCUUGGAAUGGUGGUGGAAGCUUAAUUUUGAAACCGGUUGAAUUAAUUUUUGUUUUUGUAAAGUUGUGUGGU